UAUAAUAUUAAUAUUAAAGAAAAAAAAAAAGUUAGACCCAGAAACAAAGGAUCAAAAUACCACAGCACAGAAUUGGCGAAUCUGGCUGUUUUGUGCUUUGUGAGAGAGAGAUAAAGAGAAGAGAGAGAAAGCAAAGCAAAACAAAACAAACCCAGCCGAAUUCCUCUUCGUUUCCAAAGCUUCCGGUUUUUUUUUUAUUUGGUUCGCUUCAUUCAGGGUUUGGUAGCUGGAUAACCUCAAUUCCCAAGGUUCUUAAUGUGGAUUUGAUCUCUCCAUACAGUGGGUGCGCAAGGUUUUUGUAUGGGUGCUUGAAACUGUGAUCUUCGUCUAUACAGAUUAAUAUGGUUUCUCAAGGAUCAGCAGUGUGAGAAAGAUUUUUUUGAUUUUUGAAAUUACAGGCUAAUAGGCCAGAGGUCUCUAAUAUUGGAGGCAUUGUGCUUCUUGGGGAUUGAAGAUAUAAAGGAGGCAUUCAAAGAUUUCGCAAAUUUACCGUACGGUCUGUACUGGUAAAACUGAAUGCCAUCACAUCUCUCUCCACAACCCUCCAACAGUGUUGGAAAAAAGCCGGUGAAACCAUCUCGCCUUAUCCCCUUGAAGGUCCCUUAAAGCCUGAAGAUUCUCCUCUCUGUCAAACCUCUGCUCAAGCAUACCACUCUCCACCACCCAUAUCAAAAUAUAGGUGUGAUGGAGAUAUCAUUGUUAAAAGCCCUUCUUAAUAACAUAUCAUCAUUUUUCCAUUUAUCUUCUUGUGACAAUAUAAACUCAGAACCAGUUCUGAAGUAUUACCAAAAGGCCGAAGAGAUAUUGAAGUUGUUGAAGCCAAUACUUGAUGCGAUUGUUGAUUCUGAAUUAGCUUCUGAUGAAGUGGUUAUCAAGGCAUUUGAAGAACUAAGUCAAUCUGUCGAAGAAUUGAGAGAGCUCUUUGAAAACUGUCAACCAUUGUCCAGUAAAGUUUAUUUCGUUCUGGAAAUUGAAUCAUUGAUAUCAAAGACUCGGGCUGCUGGUCUUGACAUUUUUCAGCAGCUGAAGUCUUCACAUGAACAUCUUCCUGAUGAAUUGAGCUCAGCAUCUCUUGAGCAUUGUGUACAGAAAAUUAAGCAUAAGGGAUAUGAACCAAUGUCAUCUGUCAUUAAAGAAGCUAUAAUGGAUCAAAUGAGGGGUGUUGGACCCAGCUCAGAGACCCUGUUGAAAAUUUCAGAGAGCCUGAGCUUGAAAUCAAACCAGAAGAUUCUCAUUGAGGCUGUAGCCCUUGAAAAGUUGAAAGAGAAUGCUGAACAAGCCGAAAAGGCGGAGGAAGCUGAAUAUAUUGAUCAAAUGGUAGCUCUUGUAACUCACAUGCAUGAGCGCCUUAUUAUGAUAAAGCAAUCCAUAAGCAGUAGCCCAGUUCCAAUACCUGCUGAUUUCUGCUGUCCUCUCUCUCUCGAGCUGAUGACAGAUCCAGUGAUUGUGUCAUCAGGGCAAACCUAUGAGAGGGCUUUCAUCAAGAAAUGGAUUGAUCUUGGUCUCACUGUCUGUCCUAAGACGAGACAGACUCUGGCGCACACCAAUCUAAUACCUAAUUACACUGUAAAGGCGCUAAUUGCAAACUGGUGUGAGUCAAACAAUGUGAAGUUGCCUGAUCCCAUGAAGUGUACGAACUUAAACCAACCAUCACCGCCUCUUGGGCACACAGACUCUGGUGCAACCAGGGAGUCACCUGUAUUUCCUCAUUCCAGGGUCAACCAGCCGAUAUCACUUGAGUCAAGCCGGUCUAUGGGCUCACCUGGUAGGAACUUGAUCUCGUCUGGUGGAGUCCAUCAAGAGGACACUUCUCCUUUGUAUCCUCAUUCUUCAUCAGAGGGUUCCUUGUCUGGUGUAGCUGGAAAUGGGCAGGAUUUGGAUAUGGCAAGAAUAUCACCAACAAGUUCUGAAGAUAGGUCUGCAAGCUCAGAAGAAAGGACUAUGGAUGCAGUUGGCCAACCCAGUACAUCACCUUCUGGAAAUGAAUUUUCCAAUGCUACUGGAGCUGAACAGUCAGCUCAGAGCCAUAAUAGAACUGCCUCAGCCUCAAGUGUGCUUUCUAAUGAAAAUUUUACUCAAGAAACACCUGGAGAUGCCAAUGAAGCUUCACAGAUAACACCCAAUCUGACUGGCUACAGCAGUGAUGCAUCAGGAGAGGGGAAAUCAGAGCCACUUGCUGCUCCCUUGACUUUGCCACAGAGAGAACCUGAUUUCACUUCCAGAUUGUUGGAGACAAGGCCUCGAAAUCCAUCAAUCUGGCGGCGACCAUCAGAGAGGUUUGGUCCAAGGAUGGUUUCUUCUCCUGCUAUUGAAACAAGAGCUGAUCUUUCUGGUAUUGAAACCAAAGUGCGGAAGCUAGUUGAGGACUUGAAAAGCUCUUCAGUUGAUACUCGAAGAGAUGCAACAUCUGAGAUACGGUUACUUGCCAAGCACAACAUGGAUAAUCGGAUUGUAAUUGCUAACUGUGGGGCCAUUGCUUUGUUGGUCAAUUUGCUCCUCUCGGAAGACUCACGGAUUCAGGAAAAUGCUGUUACAGCACUUCUUAACUUAUCAAUCGCUGAUAACAACAAAACUGCGAUUGCUAAUGCUGGUGCAAUUGAACCUCUGAUUCAUGUUCUUACGACGGGGAGUCCUGAAGCAAAGGAGAACUCAGCUGCCACUCUCUUUAGUCUCUCGGUGAUUGAGGAUAACAAAGUCAAGAUUGGAAGGUCUGGUGCAAUUGGGCCUCUGGUUGAUUUAUUAGGGAAUGGGACUCCUAGGGGGAAGAAGGAUGCAGCCACAGCUUUGUUUAAUUUAUCAAUAUUUCAUGAAAACAAGGCCCGAAUUGUGGAAGCUGGUGCCGUAAAAUACCUUGUGGAGUUGAUGGACCCAGCUGCUGGAAUGGUUGACAAGGCUGUAGCUGUAUUGGCAAAUCUUGCUACAAUUCAGGAGGGACGGACUGCUAUUGGUCAGGAGGGCGGGAUUCCUGUUCUGGUAGAAGUUGUUGAGUUGGGUUCUGCAAGAGGGAAGGAGAAUGCAGCUGCUGCUCUUUUACAUCUUUGUCAAAGCAGUAAUAGAUUUUGCAGUUUGGUGCUCCAAGAAGGAGCUGUCCCACCACUGGUGGCAUUGUCACAGUCAGGCACCCCAAGGGCCAAAGAAAAGGCACAGGCGCUUCUUAGCUACUUUAGGAGCAGCAGACAUGGUAAUGCUGGGAGGGGCUGAUUUUGGGAUCACAACCUUUGGGUUUCAUACCAAGGUUUUGGGUCAAGUUCUAAAGAGUGUACAUUUGAUGGUGCAAAUAAUGCAUGUGACAGGUUAUCUUGCAUGUAUUUUACUUGAUCUCUAGAAGAAAAGAGGGGGGGAAAACCAAUUAUGAUUUAUGGAGGAUUUGAUUGAGUCCUCUUGUGAAAUAGGUCUACUUGUGAAUGUGGGAAGAAAAUUUUAUACAUGUGAGUGCAGUGAGCUUGGGCAAGACAAUGACGGACAAAUAAUCAGUUCUAUUAAUGUCAUUGUCUUAUUUGCUUC